AUGGGUAUCCCAGAAGAUUCCAAGGACCUCUCUAGGGUUCAAAGCAGGGAGAAAGAGGGAGAGACUGCUAUUGUCUCGGAGAAGUAUGCUGAUGUGACGCUUCGUCUCGUUGAGGAGCAUGGCGAUCAGUUUGGGCCUUUGACUCCCGAGAAGGAGAAGAAGUUACGAAGAAAGCUGUACUGGCAUGUGAUGGGACUCUUAUCAGCAAUCAAUUUGCUUCUAUUCAUCGAUAAAUCAACUCUCGGAUAUGCUGCCAUUCUCGGCCUUUUUGAAGAAACAGGUAUCAACAAAGCGCAAUACAACAACCUUGGCACAUUCUUCUAUGUCGGAUACCUUGCUGCACAAUGGCCUGGCCACUAUCUCAUGCAGCGGCUCCCCUUUGGCAAAUUCGUAGCCGGCUUGGUCUUUAUGUGGGGGGCUACUAUUCUUCUUCACUGCGUUGCUACCAAGUAUGCUGGCCUUGUUGUUCUUCGCAUCGCCCUUGGAGCUGCUGAAUCAGUCGUCGUGCCAGCUAUGGAGAUGACAAUCGGCAUGUUCUUCAAUCGACACGAGCAAUCAUUCCUUCAACCGUUUCUCUGGGUCACAGCGGCUUUGGCCCCAGUUUGCGCAGCUUUCAUCUCCUAUGGUCUACUCUGGAGUCAUAGCGCAGUUCUCCCCUGGAAGCUCUUCAUGAUCGUUACUGGAGGCCUUUCUGUCAUCCUGUCUGUAUUUGUUUGGUUCUACUAUCCAAGCAACCCAGCCGAGGCUAGGUUCCUCACUUUAGAAGAAAAGGUUCACUCUAUCAAGAGAGUGCACGAGUCGAGUCAGAGUUCCAUCGAACAGAAGCAGUUCAAGAAGACCCAGUUUCAGGAGACACUUCGGGAUCCAGUUUCGUGGUUAUUUGCCCUCCAGGCUUUCACACUUAUGAUGUCCAACAACUUGACAUACGGACAACAGAAUCUCAUUACCACGGCUCUUGGCGUCGAUGCUCUAGGCUCAACACUCGUUGCCGCGGCUGGUGGUGGCUUUGGAGUUGCAAUCUGUCUUGCUGGAACAUUUGCACUGAAGUGGUGGCCUUCCAACCUCGCUCUUCACGGUCUUGUCUGGUGUAUACCUGCUGUUGCCGGUGGUAUCGGAAUGGUCGCCAUCAACUGGAACGAGAAACUCGGAAUGCUUGCCUGUCUUCUUCUUGCAGGUCAUACCUACGGAAACACUUACAUCAUUGCCCUGGGCUGGGCAACAUCGAGUGCAGCAGGCUACACCAAGAAACUUACCCGCAACGUCAUGUUCAUGAUCGGCUACAGUGUUGCAAACCUGAUAUCUCCUCAGAUCUGGGUUCCGAAAGAUGCACCUCGCUACUAUGGUGCUUGGAUAUCAAUGAUUCUUAUCAGCUGGGUUGGAACUCCAGCGAUCCUAUUCGUGAUUCAGUUCAUUCUCAAGAAGAGGAAUAAGGAGCGCAAGGAGUGGGCGGCUGGUUUGAGUGAAGAGGAGAGACUUGCGCAUGAGUUUGGUGAGGUUGAGCAGUUGGAUGAGAGUGGUCAGGUUGUUCGAAGAAAGGUUGAGAUUGCUCUUUUGGAUUUGACUGAUCUGGAGAACAAAUUCUACAUCUAUCCUAUCUAG